CUGGACGUGGAGGCAGUGACGAUUUACUUCGCGAGCCUUUUCAUUACCUUUCAGUUUGUGGGUUACAACAGAAAGUGAUACAUAUAUUGUUCUCACAUGGUGUCGGAUUAUUUAAACAAACUGAGGACGUUUUGCUGAAUAAGAGGAUAAUCACGUCUGUGUGAACUUGAUUCAUAGAAAGUUUAACGCUAAAAAACCCACGUUUUUCCAUGAUUAGGACACAAAUUGCGGCUGGAUCAGACAGAAGGUGGGUCAGCCCCUGAGAGGAGGAUCCAUGGUGUGACGCAUGAUCACACAGCAAAGCAACAAUCUUUGCGACUGGGUUCUGAGGUGUCCUGAAGGCUCCAAUUGUCGCCAUGGGCUUGGUCAGAAGAAACACCAGAAACAAGUCCACAACCCAGUGAGAACACUCACUCAGCCUGAGAUUCCUGCACAGACAGGAGCAGAAGAAAGCCAAAAUGUCAAAGAUAAAUGAGAUGAGCAUUCUGGGGGUGAGGAGCUUCGGGAUUGAAGACAAAGACAAACAGGUCAUCUCUUUCUUCACUCCUGUGACUGUGCUGGUUGGACCCAACGGAGCAGGAAAAACAACGAUUAUUGAAUGUCUCAAGUUUGCAACAUCAGGAGAACUUCCACCUGGAUCUAAAGGAGGUGCUUUUGUUCAUGAUCCAAAGGACGCCCAGAGGACAGUUGUACGAGCCCAGAUUGAGCUCUCACUCUCAGACAUCAAGGGAGAGGAAAUCAAGAUCCAACACUUCAUGUCCUGCUCUCUGAUAGAAAAUAAAUACUCCUUUAAACGUGAAGAGCAGAACAUUAAAAGAACAAAGGAUGGAAGGAGAGUGAGCAGGUCUGUUAAGUGUGGCGACCUGCACCAGGAGAUAACGUCUGCGCUGGGUGUAUCAAAGUCAGUGUUGAACGACGUCAUCUUCUGUCACCAGGAAGAGUCUAACUGGCCACUUAGUGAAGACAGAGUUCUCAAAGAAAAGUUUGACUCCAUCUUCAAUGUAACCAAGUAUAACAAAGCGAGGGCGAAGAUGCAUGAGCUGCGUUUGAAGCAAAGUCGGACAGUCGAACGGUGUCAGGCAGAGCUGUCCUACCUGGAGAAAAACAAGGAGAAGGCCCAGCAGCUUAGAGACAAUGUAGCCCAAAAGCAGGCUGAUCUGAGGGCCUCACGAGAUCUGAUCCUGCACAUAGAGAACCAGAUCAAUCCACUUGAGACACUGCUGAGUGACAUAAAAAUGAAACUUGAAAAUGUGACGAAGCUAGAAAAUGAAAUCAAAGCUCUGGACAGCUUGAGGAAACAGAUGGAGGAGCACAACAAGGAGCUGGAGGAAACUAUGGAAGAGGUGUUUCAGGGUUCAGACGAGCAGCUACAGCAUACUUACGAGAACCACCAGAGGACAGUGAGGGAGAAAGAGCAGAAGCUGCAACAGCACCAGGAGGAGCUGCAGACCUUUGACCAAGAAUACCAGAGACUGACCAGAGACACGAAUGAUCUGCUGUUAGAAAAAGGUCGUCUACAACAUGAAGCUGAACGUCACACUAAGAACACUGAGGACCGUGACAGCCUGGUCCACUCUUUGUCAUCCUGUCUGGAGAUGGAGGGUUACGACCAGCUGCCCUUUACUGUUUCUCAACUCAAGAGCUUUUACCAUCAAGUCACACAGAGACUGGAGCAGGAAAAGGAGAGAGUCAGUCAGCUUUUGGCAGAGCUGCAGAAACUGGAGCAGCAGAAGCAGCAGUCUGUUGAUGAAAUGAGGGACAGGAAGACGUGCAUGGAGAGAACGGUGGAGAUGAAAAGAGACGAGCAGCAAAAGAAGCAACAAGAGCUGAAAAACAUCACAGAAGAGCUGCAAAGACUGCAGGAUUCAUCUAGUCAACUGCAAGAGCUGGAAAAUAAACUGGCUGAAGUGGAGCGUGAGGAUGCAGUUCAGAGCUCCAGCGUGGAGGAGCUGAAGGCCGAGGUCGAGGAGCUCCAGGAAGAAAAGGCUCAACUCGACUGCACACAGAGACAGCUCGACGAAGAGAUGGAGACACUCAACAUGCACACAGCUGCACUCACACAGAUGGACAUACUGAAAAAGGGCAAAGCAGAGAUGGAGGAGCAGAUUCUUCAGAUCCGGUCUCGUCACUUUGAGGAUCUGGUGUCUCUAUUGGGCCACUUUCCAAACAAGAAAGAGCUGCAGGACUGGAUCUCUUCCAAGUCAAAAGAAAUCAGCAGCACCAGGGACAGACUUACAAAACUCAAAAUGGACUUGGCAUCAAAUGAGCAGAAUAAAAGCCACAUUACUGCUGAGCUGCUGAAGAAGGAGCAGCAGUUAGCCACAGAUGAAGAGAAGUUCUUGAAUGUUUGCAGCAGUCGAGAUCUGGAGCAGGACCUGAGCAACCUGCAGAGAGAUCUGGGCGAGAUAUUCAAGACAAAAGCUCUACUAGCUGGAACUAAAGUGGUGUACACCCAGUUCAUCAGCGAGCUAAGCGAGCACAGGAAGCCCUGCUGCCCCAUGUGCCGACGAUCGUUUCCCUCAGAGUCUGAGGUGCAGGAAGUCGUCAGAGUCUUGCAGUCUAAACUACACCUGGUGCCAGAAAAACUGAAGAUCACUGAGCAGGACCUGGAGAGGACAGAGAGGAGGAGAGAGGAGAUAGUGGCUCUCAGGCCUGUGAGGGAGGCCAUUGUGCAGUUUCAGGAAAAUGAGCUGCCAGCAUUGAGGAAGCGGCUGCAGACUGUGGACAGAGAAGCUGAGAGGCUGAAGGGUGAUGUGGAGGAGCAGGAGGCUCUGCUCACCAUCCUGAGGUCUGAGGAGGAAAAAGCCAAAGACUGCCUGCAGGGCAUUUCCCUCAUAGACUCAUACCUGAGAAACCUUGAAGAGGUGGAAAGGAAAAUUGAUGAGCAGGCAGCCAAACUCCAGGAAGUAAACCUGGACAACACAUUUCAGCAGCUUAGUCAGGAGAAACAAGAAACUCAGGACCAGCUCGACACCACUUACAGCACAAUUGUGGGUAAACAUAAACAGAUCCAGGACCAGCAGGAGCAGAUUCAGAGGCUGAAAAGUGCAGCGAUAGAGAUGAGAGACGAGCAGCUUCAGCUGAUCAGAGACAAACAGAAGCAGCAGCACCUGGAGGAGCUGAGUGCAGAGAUCACUGCUAGGAUGGAGGCCUUAACCACAGAGAUCAGGGAGGGAAAUGAAGAACUGCGCCCUCUAUCAGCUGCUCUGGAGAAGCUGCAGCAGGAAAAGCAAAAGCUGGUGGAGCAGAAGAAGCAGAGAGAGGAAGAAGAGCAGAAGAAGAUUCGUAACAUUGAGGAGAGACUGAAGGAAAUCACUGCCUUGCAAAGAGACGUCACUAAAUAUGUUGAUGAGGGAAGAGACAAAUACAAAGAGGACAAAGAGUCAGAGUAUCAAGCAGCAACGACUCAGCUCCAAGAGGCUGAGAGGAAUAAAGAGAGGAUCAGCACAGAGAUGGGAAACAUCCAGCAGGACAAAGACACUCAAAAGGUCAAAGAGCGCUCCUUAUGGGACAACCUGACCUUGAGAAAGCGCGUUAAUGAGCUGAAGAACAUGGCGGCCAAACGUGAGGCUCUGGAGGAAAAACUGAGCUACAUGCAAGUCUCGCAGCUUCAGCGACAACGUGAGGAAGAGGAAAGCAAGCUGGCCGAACUGAAGAGCGAGCGCAGUCGGGAGGAGGGCGCACAGAAACCCCUGGAGGAGCAGAUACUGGAAUACAGCAAACAGCUGGAGGAAGAUCAGUACGGCAAAGCCGAGGAGCUCCACAGAGACAAGAUGAUUGAGAUGAGGACCACACAGCUGCUCAGCAAAGACCUGAAACUCUACGAAGAGGCUCUAGAUCAAGCCAUCGUGAAGUUCCACAGCAUGAAGAUGGAUGAGAUCAACCAGAACAUCAGAGACCUGUGGCGCAGCACCUACAGGGGUCAAGAUAUCGAGUACAUCGAGAUCAGGUCUGAGGUGGAGGAGAGGUCAGAGGGGCGGAGGAGCUACAACUACAGAGUAGUGAUGAUGAAAGGAGACGCAGACGUGAAUAUGAGAGGGCGCUGCAGUGCCGGUCAGAAGGUGCUGGCAUCCCUGAUCAUCCGGCUCGCUCUGGCAGAGGCCUUCUGUCUCGACUGUGGAAUCCUGGCCCUGGAUGAGCCCACCACCAACCUGGACCGGGAGAACAUCAAGUCCCUGGCAGACGCUCUCGUAGAGAUCAUCAGGACUCGCUCUCAGCAGCGUCACUUCCAGCUGCUGAUCAUCACUCAUGACGAGGACUUUGUGCAGCUGCUGGUUCGGUCCGGGUGCAUCCAGCACUUCUACCGCAUCAGCAAGAACCAGGACCAGAACUCAGAGAUCACCAAGCACAGCACAGCCUUCCUCUCUGUGUGACACCUUUGUACCUCAGCAGCUCUGACAUCACUUCAUGGUUCACCCUUUCACAAACGGCCACGUGAGCUGUUCGUCCGGCAUCAGGACGAAAUUUGGAUUCGGCGCCUCAGCUGACGACACUUCAGCACGUGAAAGUCUGUGGACUAAUGGACACAACCUGUUCAGAGAUCAGAGGCAGCUCCACAGUUUACAUUUCUAUUUCUACGUUUCCUCUGAGGGGACAGUGUUCUCUUAUGAAUAUUUUUAUGGGACAAAGAGGUGUGAGUGGUGUGAGCUGUGAUUUUGGUUUUUUUUGGUUUUUUAGAUCUCCUCUGGUUCCUCUAAAGGGCACCCGGGACAGUUCAGAACAUCAGCAGCUGUUAUAGAGCCAGAGGUGACUCCAGCUGUCAGAAUUACCUGCAUGCAUUAAAUUAUGUUAAUGCAUGAAGGAAAUCCUUUUUCCUGUUAGGGUGGCUCCAUUUUUAGUUUAUUUUUUAAUAUUUUUCUUCACUCUUUAAUUUUUUUCCUUACAAAUAUUUACUGCUGGACUUAGUAGAAUAAUGCACAUUUGUCAGCACUCGGUCACAUAGACACCGCAUGAUCCAGUAAAAGACUAGAUUUUACAAUCCCAGACAAUACAUUGCUUUUAAUGGAGGAAAUCUUGAGGGAUGGCUGUUAUGAGGAAAAGCAGCCCAGAAACUUUACCAGCGGCACACAUCGUUGUGUGCCUCAACUUUCGUUCUUUUACCCAAGCUAAUCUGCCAU